AUGCGCAACAUCUCUUCCAUCUCUGCCUUGGCCCUGCUGCUGGUUUCAGCAGUGGCUAGUAAUGUAUCACCCGCUGAUACCACUGGAAUUGAUCGCGCUGCCAAGUGCGACCCGGAAUCUGGAUACUGCAAUGUCGAGCUUGUGGACAGAGCCGUGACCAGCACCAGCACAAAGCAUUCGAGCUCUACGCACAAGACGACCUCGACUAAGAAAUCAUCUUCAACGAAGAAAUCAUCAUCGACCAAGAAGUCGUCCUCCACAAAGAAGACUACGGCCAAGACAACUCUAAAGACCCAGGUCAAGCUGGUGACCACGCAGAAAUCAACAGUCACGUCCUCAUCCAAGAAGCCUACCUCGACCUCAUCUGCAAAGACCACAGCCAAGUCGACGAGCAAGCCAGUCUCAUCCAGCUCGAAGAAAACCUCAUCCUCGUCAUCUCUCAAGCCCAACACGAUUGCCAAGCCCGUGUCUACCUUGACGACCUCAAGCAAAGCCACUUCUAGCAGCACCAAGGUCCCAUCGACAAGUAAAGCUGUUUCUAGCAGCAGCAAGAUCACUUCUUCCAGUUCGAGCUCAACAAAGCUCAGCUCAACUCCGUCUUCCUCGAAGAUUAGCAGCACUUCGUCAAAGGCUACAUCCACGUCUGUGAAGCCAUCUUCUACUGCCUCUCCAGUGAAGACAUCCUCUACUGCCUCAUCAGUAAAGCCAUCUUCCACUAUCUCGUCAGUAGCCCUUUCGUCCUCUAGCCUUCUUAGCAUAUCCGUCCCUGCAGCACCGACUUCCUCACAAGUUGCACUGCCUUUGUCUAUCAAUCUGCCCUCAUCGAGCUCCCUGUCAAGUUCCAGCGAUGGUGCGUCUGCCGCUGCUACCUCUGCUCAGUCGAGCAGUAGCUUGCCAGUUGCCACUAGCUCGGCGGCAGCCAGUAGCUCGACGAUGGUUAGCAGUGCGGCAUCGUCGAGUAACAGCUCAUCUGCAUUGAGCACCAGCGUUAGUAGCAGCAGCAGUAGUGGUUCGAGUGUCUCGACCUCAAGCACUUCUAGUGUCAGCCUGGCUGCUGCUGCUACUUCGGCAUCGUCGAACGCUAGCUCUGCUGCCUUGUCGACGAUAUCGUCGUCAUCAUCUUCCUCGUUUCCCACCUUCUCAUCGUCUUCCCCAUCCCUUCCCCUUCCUUCCUCUUCCUCAUCUUUCGUACUUUCUUCAUCAUCUCCCGCUCCCUCGAGCGCCGCUGCAUCUUCUACAUCUUCAUCAUCCACUGCCCUAUCAUCAUCAUCCUCCCCAUCCACUUUCGUAUCGUCAUCCUCGCAAUCUUCAUCUGCAUCUACGAGCUCUGCUCUAAGCUCGCCGUCUUCUGCUGCCGCUUCAUCCACUUCAAUCUCCUCAACCAGCACACUCACACCUUCCGACAGCACUUCUUCCUCUGUCAAGCCUACCACCAGUUCGACUUCGGUCAAGCCUACCACCAGUUCGACUUCGGUCAAGCCAACCACUAGCUCGACUUCUGUCAAGCCCACUACAAGCUCCACUUCGGUCAGACUCACCACCUCUUCAUCCGCGUCCAAGUCGUCCUCUUCGGCAGCAUCGAGCAGCAGCUCCACCAAGCCAAGCUCUACCGCUUCCUCUACUUCCUCGUCAGCCUCCCCCUCUUCGUCAACAGUUUCGUCCUCUUCCUCGACCUCCUCGGCAGCCGCAAGCUCUUCUUUGGCAUCAUCUACUUCUUCAGCAGCAGCCACCUCGACAGCAUCUUCUGCAGUCCGCGCUUGCAGAAGACGCAGAAGAAAGGUCAGAAGAGCCGAGCUUCCCCCUCUUCAGACCAAGGCACCCGUCAUGAAGCUGGAUGAUCUGCCUCCUGGUGCUCUCACCGACAUGAUCUACUAA